GCCGAUCCGAACUACUGAAACGUUCGCUAGUACAUCAGAAAGAACAUACAUCGAAUAGGUGACGAAGAGAUCGCCAGGUGUCAGUGAGACCGACUUAGAAUUCCCCUCGAGUGCGAGCUAAUAUUCGUCCACGAUCGCGAUUCGUUAGUCGAGCGUGGCGGAGAUUUGUUUGUCGAUCGCAACUGACUGAGACCAUCGCUACUUCAAGCCGUUCGACAUGCGGACAUGGAUGAGGAGCCUCGCUCACUUUUUCUGCUGGCUUCUUCUGGCCAUCAUUGUCGGAAUAUCAAUAGUCCACGCCGAGCCGGAACCCAUGGCUAGACCGAAGAGCAUCGAAGAGAUGAAACAAUUUGCCGAUGAGCUCAGAAAUCGUUAUUACGUGAUCGGAAAAGCGAGAUACGGCAAACGAAGUGACAUCACGCCGAUGUUGACGGAGUUGAACGGUGCUUGGGAAAUUUUGAAGCUGAUCCAGGACGCUCGACGGCAAAAUGAACAGCGGAGGCAGGAGAAGAUCAGACAGAACAAGGAGCAGGUUCUGUUCCGUGACUUUGAGAGCUCGGACAUCGAUAACAAGCAUAUAACAUCGCGCGUCUCUACACGACCCGGCUCCCUUUCGGACAUGAUCGGCAAUUACGACGAUGUACAAUAAAGAACCUCGCGUAGCAUCCUCUCUCUUCUCUUUCCUCCAAACUCCCUAAUUUCUCCCCUUUCUGAGACUGAUGUAUAUCGAAAAUUCUUCACCCCCGAAUUUACGAAUAAUUGUGUAACACCUCUAUCGAUGUUGAAUUAACUUCUCGCUUUUCUCUCUCUUCACCGCGAUUUAGUUUUAUAUGUUAUGAAUAUCUCGUCGAAGAAUAAUUGCGCGAUGCAGUGCCUGAAGAUGAUAGAGAGUGUGUGAGGAUGCUGAGGAAAGAGUAAUCCCUCGUCGAGGAAACACGGAAUUUAAAUCGGAAUUCAAUUAAUGACGCUUGAGAGAUAAACCAAAUUCUAGGAUAUUACGUGAUACAAUUCUAGAUAGCAAGAUUGUAAUCCCACUUAAUCUUAUAUGUAUAAAUUUUUUGUUAACAAUAUUUAACGAGUAUAAUAAAGCUGAACUGACGAAUAA